GCCGUGAUAUUGCUGGAAUAUUGUUAAGAGCGGCGUGAAACUAAACUCACUCACUCACUGUAGGUAGAACUGACCUCAAGCGUUUGUGAUAAGGAGGAGAUGGGCUGCCAGUAGAUUAUAUAAAGCUAGCCUCAGACUGGACAGGUCCACAUUUUCACAACAUGAUCAACACUCAGGUAUGCAGCUUAUACCGACAGUCCAAAUAUGCACUGUUCAUGCCCAUGAGGAACACGAAACUACAAAUACAGGUAUUUCCCGGACCAGUGAGUCAUAAUCAUACGACAGAACAGGUUUUUUUAUAACUCGUCGCGUUUCACACCACCCGGACGCUAUUUGUUAUAGUUUAACGAAUAACACCCGCGACAGUGAUGGAGAACGUUCACUUGCUAUUGACACUACUUGCUGUUGGACUGACUAUAUCUUGCCCACUGGAGAACCACUGCGAAUAUGAUGUCUGCGACAACAACACGGGCUUCUGUGUACAUGGAUGUAAGGAAAGUUGGAACGGACCGAAAUGUGACACCCAAACAAUAUGUCCAAACUGUCAAUGGGGUUACUGCAACGCGACGAGGGUGUGCCUCAGAGGCUGCUAUCCUGGUUUCUAUGGUGACAAGUGCAACAAGUCAUGUCAUGCGCAUUGUAUAAAUAAGUGUGACUUCAAUACCGGUAUUUGCUUGGAUGGUUGUAAGCAGGGUUGGUACGGACCAUACUGCACUAGGAAAUGUGGAGGUGGCUGUUUUCAAAACUCGUGUCAUCGGUGGCAUGGCAACUGUCAGUGCCAGUCGGGAUGGUAUACAGAACGAUGUAGUCAGGAAUGUUUUGGUUGUCUUUCUUGACAGAGCCUGUGACCAUCUUAACGGCAGAUGUAGAACAGGAUGUAAACCUGGUUGGACUGGCAUUACGUGUUCCACCAACAUUUGCAGGAACUGUGUUAACAGCACAUGUCCGUCGGGGACUUACGGUUCGAGGUGUCAUGGCUGCGUUUCCGGUUACCGUGGUCAAACGUGUGAAGAAAAAUGUGCAGACAACUGCGCUGUCUGUUCACAAUUCGGUAACAUAUGUAGUGAGUGUAAACAAGGGUCAUUGUGUAUCACAGCUCCAACAACAUUUGCUUCAAACACUGUCAGCACAUCCGGUGACUUCAGCAUCAACAUCACAGUGACGUCAGAGGUUUGGACGUCAAUUUCCAGUAUUGGCCUUUCAACUGUGGUCCAUCAUUCAGCAACCAGCUGGAAGACAUUCUCUUCUUCCGGCAUUAGAAGGAUGAGUUUCAUUUUCGCUUGUGUCCUCUUGGCCUUUGCAGUGUGUGUCACUGCAUGGUGUGCCCGGGAAACGUGGAGACAAAGGAAACCAAAAACAAGAACCGGUUUGGAUACCUGGAGCUUCUCAGUGGAUAGUGUACCCAGGCAUUCUCAAUCCGGUGUAACGCAGUUACAAGAGGCUAACCUUUACUAUGACGGCACCAGACUUGACAGCAGAAACCAUGACGAGGGGCGAUAUCACGACAGCCCAGUUGGUUAUGAGUCUCUCAGAUAUAUUUCAGAUAACAUUGACGUGGAUCUGCAAUACUGAAAUAGUUCCAGUUCCGGUCGUGGAGGCAGCAACAGUCCUGAAGAAUCUUUCAGACGCUGAAGAAUUUCACUGAUGUAUGAUCGUUUGUGUGUUGUUUAAUGCAGCACUCAGCAAUAUUCCACCUAUUGACAGCGGUCAGUAAAUAAUUGGGUCUGGACCAUACA